ACAGUACCAAAUGACUUACGGCAUUGCCAUGAACUCUGAUUAACUGGCACUGGUGCAACUCGAAGGGCAAAUUUAUAUAACUUGUGUGUCUUUGUCUUAUUCAAGAACAGGUGUGUAGCGGGGUAUAUAUUAUGUCAUUUGUGUUCUUUGGAAUACAAUAGAUGUCUGAUGUGCAGCAUUUGGGGGUUUAUUUCAGUUUCGUUGCAUAGGUUUUAGGGCAGGAGUAGUCAAGUUAGCACUAGCUUUCUAACGAUACAGUAUUGAAAAUAGGUUAGCUUGUGCCAGAGACUCGUUCUCGAUUGUUAUUUCGAGUUAAGCUCCACGCCAUGGCCAACCCGUUGCGGGGUGAAGUUAUCAAACUUUACAAGAACCUGCUUUAUCUUGGGAGAGAAUAUCCCAAAGGAUCCGUGUACUUCAGAGAGCGCCUGAAGAAUGCCUUCAUGAAGAACAAGGAUGUGACAGAUCCUGACCAGAUCAGGAAGCUGGUGGACCGUGGCGAGUUUGUCAUCAAGGAACUGGAGGCUCUGUAUUUUUUGAGAAAGUACAGGGCCAUGAAACAAAGAUACUAUGAGCCUGAACACUAAGAAACAGACUGAUUGAAAGUAUUUUAUGAAACAUCUACUUGCAGAGUACAUGCCUGUCCCGGGAAAAUAAGCCAAUCUAGUCUUUCCAAACAGCUUGAGCAGGUAACCUUGCAUUUAUACAUGAGUGCUACAGAACAGACCUAAUAAUGGAUUGAAUCUCAGCCACUAAAUGCCUUUCAUUUGUAUUCUGUAUGUUCAGACAUGUCAAAUCUAUUUGCUGUUUAAUGUAUUUGAUGUUGGACAUUUUUUGAAGAUAAUAUUUCAAAUGAAAGUAUUUAUUUGAAAUAUAAAAAUACACAAUGAUUUCUCCCUGUUGUAAUAAACAUACAAUUUUA